GUUUCCGGCUGUCAUCGACAUCGGAUUUUGAGAGUGGGUCUAGGUGUUCAUCAUUAACAUGUUAACAUACAAACAUUUAAGUGGCAAAGCACCUGUCCUUACCAUGAAGAAAUGUUCUCAUGGAUGGCAUGAGGGUUUGAUGAAAUAAUUCAACCACAGACUGCAGUCGAAAGAAAGUGAAAUAUUCUCCAUAUAAACUGAAGAAUGAACAUAAUAAAGACCCUUUACCAUGAAGUCUACACUCUCCGAGACUGGUUUGAUAAUUAUCUUAUCGAGUCCUUUAAUGCCAACAUCUGGCAGGCUGGUGACUCGGACAGUUUUACAAGAUUCCUUGACACAACAAUGGUGGCAAUACCUCGGGGAGCCAAGCGUUUAUCAGUCACACCAACCCUCAGUCAGAACUCUCACCAAAGGGAGAUAAUCAUGAGAGUCAUAGAGAGACUCAACAGGAGGGAAGGAAGUGGCCAGAAUGUCCUUUCACUGGGUUUUGGACAGGUGUCUGAUGACCCAGAUGCGUACAUGUCCAAUGUUGCUAGAGUGGAGUAUCGCCAUCCAAACAGUGCAGUCAACAGACUUCACUUCCCCGAGUGGAAGAAAGUCUUGUCAAGGAUUGGGGAUACAAUGAUGGAAUAUCUUUUGGAGACUACUUCUAUCUUCACGUUUGUACCACCAUCUAACUAUGUCCAGUUAACAGGUAGACCUGUUUUUGAGCUGUGGAAACCUAGCCUCUCGGUCAAGUGUCCUCAAAAAGUUCUCUCUGUAAAAAGAUCCAAGAGAAAACACUGUGCACCUUUAGUCAAACAUUUGAGUAUGGAAACCGAUUCCACUCAAACACUCAAAUCCUGCAUUGCAAAGGACUUGGAGGAUCUGAAAGCCAAGGCAAAGACCUAUGCCAGGGAUCAAGGGUUCCCAAAAGAUUUUCCCCGAAGAAAGAAGCAGAAUCACCAGAAAAAUGAGGCCAUGGAUUCAACCAGUGAUGUAAAAGAUAGAGAGGAGAAAUGUUUGGAGGAGAAUAAAAUAGAACGGGGAGCAAAUGCUACAAGUCAAGUGUUCAAACAAGAUGAUUUUGAUAUGAAGCAGGAGGGUUAUGGAAAUUGGGAUGGUGAUUUUGAUGGAAAGCAGGUGGUUGAUUUUGAUGUCAAUGAAGAAGAUGAUGGAAACCAGGAGGAAGAUUUUAAUGAAAACAAAGAGUGUGAUAAUGAAAGAUGGCUCAGGCCUAAAGUCAGCAAGAAAGAUAAAAGAAAAAGACAACGGCAGCAGAGUAGGGAAAAAAAGGCUUAUGCUUGGAUGCAGAAGAUUCAAAGUGGAGAACAGGAAGCUGGUGGCAGUCAGGGUCAAAUAAGGAAUUCAUUUGGCGGCUCAAAAAAAGAACGGCGGAAGAUGCAGAGGUUUGAAAGGAGACUGGCAAAAAGUACCGGUUUGGCGGAGGAUUAUGCUACACGUUGGGGUAUCAGUGACAGCAGCUACAGUCAGCAGGACAAUGAGGGCCAACAUGACGGUGAAGCUUCUAGUUCUAGAUGGAAGAGGCAGAAACAAACAGCAACAAACGAAGAAUAUAAAACUUCAUCCAGUUUACCCACUGUCCAGCCAUCAUUUGAAGGAAGGCCUCGGUGGAGACACCCUUACACUGCAGAACCGUCACAACAGUUUGCUUCAUCUAGGCCUCAAUCGCAUCAGUUUAGUUCGUCUAGGUUUCAGUGGAGAAAUCCUAAUGCUUCAGAACCAUCACAACAGUUUGGUUCCCCUAGGCCUCAAUUGGGAAAUCCAAAUGCUUCAGAACCACCCCAACAGUUUCACUCAUCUGGGCCUCAAUGGAGAAAUCCAAAUGCUUCAGAACCACCCCAACAGUUUCACUCGCCUAGGCCUCAAUGGAGAAAUCCAAAUGCUUCAGAACCACCCCAACAGUUUGGUUCAUCAAAGUCUCAGGUUUCAUUUGAAGGAGUAUCUCACUGGAGACAACCUACCACAUUAGAAUCAUCACAGCAAAGAGAUCAUACUAGAGAAAACAAAAAAAUGCAGAGGAAAAUGAAACUUGACAGGAGGCGUCAGCGUAGAAAUGAAAUACAGGACAAUCCAGUAAGUGUAAGUGGAACUGGGGACAAUGUUGGUGAAGUAGAGCCGGUGAGUGGCAGUGAGUCUGGUCCAGGUGACAUCACCACAGAAGGACCGAGUAGCUUUCAGUACCGGUGUUUUCCAAGGAAGAGAAUGUUCUGUUCCCGAGGACUCUUGGAGCAAAUUCCAAAAUCCUACAUUUUGAAUAGGCUGGCACAAGAUGAAAACGGUGCUGGGGAGCUCUUUCAGGAAAUAUUCAAGGAAGUCCAGGUAGACCAACAGACAGUUUUGUAUAGGACCAAGGUGCUACCUACCCUGGAGAAAAUGCUCAAGUUGCACAAGAGUUGUUCCUACCUGAGACAAUUAAACUACAGUUGUAGUGGACGAUACCAACAGUGUAAAAUGGGAAUACAGGGAAAAGGAGUGAUAAUUGCAGCAAGAGAGAGGAUAAGGAAACAGUCUUACGGAAAACAGGGGCCUAUCUGGAUGAAUCAAAGAAAAGUAGGAAAAAGAUGCUCACAGAAAGUUUCUACCAAAAGGAUCCUGAGUCAACACCUUGGAAUAAAUGAGAUAUACAUGUUUCUGAGACGUGUGUUUUUCCAUGUUAUACCAAAUGAGCUGCUUGGAAAAGCCAACAAGAAGAUGCUUCACAAGUGUUUGAAACUGUUCCUAAAACUUGGCAAAUAUGACAAAUUUUCCAUGGCAGAGCUGAAUGUGGAGAAGAUGAAGGUGGAGAGAGUUCCAUGGCUGGCUGAUAUUGUGUCCAGACCUGAGCAGAUUCACCUUCUAUCACAGGUUGUCUACUGGAUUUUCAAGGACUACAUCAUGGUGCUGCUUAAGUCAUUCCUAUAUAUAACCGAGACGGCACAUCACCGCAACCAGUUACUUUACUUCAGAAAGAGAGACUGGUUACGACUCCACAUGCGAGGCCUGAACACAUUGUUGAACAAGAAGAUGAUGCUGCCGGUGCCUAAGACAGAGGCUUUGAAGCAGUUGGCAGAGGGUGACACCCUUGGUGUUUCAAACCUGCGUUUCCUCCCGAAGAUGAAAUCUCUUAGACCUAUUGUCAACCUAGGGAGAAGACCUCCGCCUGGCUGUAAACAGACUAUCCCGAUCAACAAACAGCUGCUGAACUUGUUAAACAUACUGAGCUAUCACAAGGAGAAGGACCCUGUGUUGGUAGGGUCUGCCAUAUUUGGACUGGACAAAGUCUACCCCCUAUGGAAACAGUUUGUCUCACCAUAUCAACAACGAGGACAGGAAAGAUCAGAUAUUAAGCAACUGUACUUUGUCAAAGUGGACAUUGCAACCUGCUUUGAAGACAUAGACCAAGAGAAGCUAUUCUCUAUAAUAAAAAACAUCAUUCAAAAGGAUGAUGACUACCAGAUCAGGAAAUAUGUGACCAUGCAUGUUGCUGGGGGACAAGUGAAAAGGACCUUCAAGAGAAAAGCAUCAUCAUUGCUGGAAUUCAAUCCCAACUUCACAAACUUUGUUAAGGAAAGGGUGGAGAAGGACGGCUUUACAAACAUCAUGUUUGUGGACCAGGUGGUAACCCAGUCUGAGAGCUCUGUUCACCUGUUACAGCAGCUGAAAUCUCAUUUGUCCAACAAUCUUGUCAAGGUAGGAAAAAGGUAUUAUCUCCAGGCAUCAGGAAUCAGCCAGGGUUCUGUUCUGUCUACCAUCCUUUGUAACAUGUACUAUGGACACAUGGAAAAGGAGUUGUUUCCCCUGUUGGAGGGAGAAGAGCUUCUGAUGAGAAUCGUUGAUGAUUCACUGUUUGUAACACCACACAAGAAUCGGGCUGUGGACUUCCUCAAUCUCAUGUUUAAAGGAAUACCAGAUUACAAUCUCCGUGUAAACACUGACAAAGUUCUGCUUAACUUUCCUCUGUCGCUGGAUGACAGAGUUACCUUUCCUGUGACUCAAACAGAUUGGUUUCCCUGGUGUGGGAUGCUGUUUAAUACUAAGACUCUCCAGGCCAGUAUGGACUUCUCCAGAUAUGCUGGCAUAUGUGUUGCUGAUACAAUGAGUUUUGACCUUUCUCGUGAUCCACUGAUGACCUUGAAACACAAGCUCCUGAAUGCAUUGAAGCCUAAGAGCCAUGUUAUCUACAUGGAUACUGAACUGAACACGACAGAAAUAGUUGUGACCAAUAUCUUCAAGAUUUUCGUUCUGAAUGCGAUGAAAUUCCACAGCUACCAGAGACGUCUUCCUCAUAAGCUGCACCUCACAUAUCAGAAGAAAUUCUUCAUAGAGUUACUCAUAGAUCUUGGGAGCUAUUUCUAUCAUCAGACUCGCACCUGUCUCACCAAGAAGGGUUCAUUACCUGGUGUUUUCAACAUACACAAGGAUGUGGUACUGUGGUUAUGUUUUAAGGGCUUUUCUGUCGUUCUGCAAAAGAAUGGAAAUGGAUGGCAAUACAAGGACUUCAGGAGAGCACUCAAUCAGGAGCAUAGGAUCAUCAAUUCCAGACUUGAAUUACAGGAGAAAGGACUAUCUGAUGUACUACUGAAGGUUUGUGGUGAACAGGUGCCUGAUGAAUUCAUGGAUCUCAUUCCUUGAGCAGUCGACAUGGGUCCCUGUGUCACUUGGAUAUGUUUCAAAGUGUGUUUGAUUAACAGAAAGAAAAUCUGUUCCACAAAUCAUUCAUAGUAGAAUAAGUGACAUGAGAUAUUGGACAAAGCUUUAUCUACAGGAUUGUAAAACGUGAAUCAAGCAGGUGUCUGCUAUAAGCAUCAUUCACUCAUCAGCAGACUUGUGUCCAGUGAGUAUUAGAGAAUGCCCCAUUACACAGGAUAUGACGGGAAAUAUUUGGUAUAGCCCUUGGUAAUACUGUGCAAUGGAAAAUAUUGAACGAGAUGUAUAUUUGGAACUUAGUAAGAGUACUUUUCACUCUUUUAGUUUUAAUUGAUUCAAAGUCAUUAAAUCAUCUUGUUUAGAUACUAUCACGUAAAUUAAUUGAUAUAAAUGUGUAAUUAUAUAGACAUUUGAAAGUAAUUAAAAAUCACUGGAUUUAAGUGGUUUUCGUCCGUGAAGGCAUAUGUAAAGAAGCUCGUCGUACAUUAGCUUGUAGACUGUGAAAUCCCUGAUUUUUAUGGUAUUUUUUAGCAUGUUAUAUGGAAAGAGAAAAGAGGGCACUUUUAAUUGAUAUUGUACAGGGUUUAAUGCUAAAGUAACGAUUAAGAUUUGCAUUACUGGCCCAAGAAAACAUAAGUGUGGGUGGUAAGGGAUAGAAAAAGAAGUAUCUCCCCUAAUAAUAUAUUUAUUUCAACAUAUUUCAUUGACAUUGAUGGCAUAUUGUCAAAGAGAUUAGACAACAUGCAUAAAUAUAACCCGGGGAUAACCCUGAUAGACCAUGGAUGAAAUCCCUGCGAUAAUGUUUGCCUCUGUGUUUUAUGUAUCAGUUUCAUUUGUAAUGGUUGUGUUCCGUUGUUACAUGCGUUAAUGUUAGCUAUAGGACAUUCUCGGAAAUAUUGUGUUUUUCUUACGGUAGUAUUGAUAUAGUCCGAUCUAAAAAACAUGUCAUGUUAACUAUUGCAUUUACUUUCAUGUCUACUCGCAUGUCCAUAGCUAGGUGUAUGAAGCUCAGUAUACACUCAUCGAGACGUCACGACUAUCAUAAUGUAACUUUGGUUAUCACUUUUUUAUGAGCUAAACUUCGUAUGUUCCGUACAUAAAAAUCGACUCGCCCAAUCCGGUAGCCGGAGGUCAACACGGGUGGUCGUUAUGGGUACACGUAUGCAUUGGUCAGUUCAUGGAUAUUUUGAAACAAGGGAUUUGAUGUAAUAAUGAAACUGAUGUAAAUUUGCCUAAUUGUUUUUUUCUCGCCGCCACGAAGUGGAAGCGGGACUAUAAGGUGUGGCUUUUCCGGCGACGGCAUCAACAUUAAGAUUUUGCGUUUAAGUUUGUUUCUCGAAAAGAAUAAGUGCUAGACCAACCAACCUUGGACCAUAGAUGCAUAUUAGC